CAAGGCAUGGCAUACUGGACCGCCAUCGCGUGGAUUCUACCAGAAGACAGAGAAUGUUCUACGUGUAAUUUAUUCUGUUCUUCAUUUUUCUACGAUCACAUUGUUGCUUAGGGUCUUACAUAUGAAUGGACAGGUUCGAUCUCAAAGAGCAAAGGAAAUGUUCGCUCCAUGCCCGCCACACCGAAUCUACAAUGUUCGAGGCUGUAGAGUGGUGACAUUGAUCUUCUUCCUUGUGUUCUUAACAAUAUUUUUCCUGGUUAGUUUUGCGGACGUUUCCAUUUCAAGACUAUUUUACUUAUCGCCUUCACAAAGCUCUAGAUCAGAGCUCCAUGGAAUCAUGUUUGAUGCCGGUAGCACGGGGAGUCGAAUCCACGUUUAUACGUUUGUGAAAACUGCAGGAGGACAGUUGGGGCUUGUGACAGAGUUCUUUCAUGAAGUAAAACCUGGCCUUUCAGCAUAUGCUGAUGAUCCUAAACAAGGAUCACAUUCUAUACAGGAGUUACUUCAAAAGUCAGAUGCAAUCAUACCAAAAGAACAGCAGAGAAGUACUCCUGUCGCACUCAAGGCUACAGCAGGUUUAAGACUGCUUCCGUCAAACUCUUCUAAACAAUUACUGGAGGAGGUGCGUAGGUUGUUCCAGGAUUCUCCUUAUCUCUUCCCUGAUCACAGUCAUGUUAGCAUCAUGGAUGGGCCAGAUGAAGGAUUGUUUGCCUGGAUUACUGUUAAUUUUCUAUUAGGAAGUCUGACAAGCGACAGCUCAAACCUGUUUGGUACCUUGGAUCUUGGUGGAGGAUCGACACAGAUUACUCUUAACCCAAUUGAUCAGAGAACUCUGAUAGAAGCACCUGAUGGUUUCUCAAGAAAUCUGAACAUUGCCAACAACCAUUUUACACUUUACACUCACAGUUAUCUUGGUCUUGGACUCAUGGCUGCAAGAACAUCCAUACUGAAACUAGGAGAAGCUGUGAAAGAUGAUGGUAAAGAAGUUAAACACAGUCCUUGUAUACACAGCAAUUUUAAAGAUUCCUGGAAAUUUGGCACUAAACACGGUAUUAAUAUUGGUGGUCUUGAUACCUAUGGUUUCAAUGCUUGUAUGGAACAGGUCAAAAAAGUUAUUUCUCAAGCAGAAGUUCACAAACCAAGUAAGACAUUUAAAAAAAGUAGACUNGAUUUGAUAUGGAAUCAGUACCCAGAUGUUGCUUCACUGAUAAAUUGA